CCUUGAUCGUCCGUCCGCUGUGUCCUCAUGUCCUCCGACAACAACCACUUACGAGUGCAAUAUGAGGCACUUCUCAAGGAGAACAAGCAGCUCAAGGGCGUCGUGGACAAACUAGAGAAGGAGAACCAUGACCUGAAGCGUUCGGUUUUUGAACUUAGCCUCAAAUUGGACAGUACAGGGAAACCAGUGUCAACCGCCGGUGGAUCGACUGGUUUAUCGACAUCAUCAUCUGGUGACACUGGGCUAUCGGUGUUUAAUGCCAAUGACUUACUGGCCAAGGACUCGACAUCCGAGCCAACUACGAGCUAUUUAGAAUCCCUGGCCCCCAACGCGGACGAGGACGACCAGCAAGCUAAUAACCAUCGCAUUUUCUUCCAGAAAUCGGAACUUCGUGGCCACGGAGGUGCCGUGUACACGACGAAAUUUUCCCCGUGCGGUCGACUGCUCGCGUCAGGGUCUCUCGACUGCAAGGUGUUGUUGUGGGACGUUACGACUAAAUUCAAUCAGCAGCAAUUGGCUUCGUUGGGUCAGCACAGUCAACUGGUCAUCGACGUCAGCUGGUCGAACGACAGCCGAUCUUUGCUCUCCGCUUCGUAUGACCACACUGUCAAGCUAUGGGAUGUCGAAAAGGCCAGCAUGACAAGCAGCGUCGGUGUCAAUGGGCUCGUCCAGACAGUCUCGUUCAACCCCGCAGACAAUGACAUGUACUUCAUCGGCACCAGUCAGCGCAAUGUGCAUGUGCUGGAUGUUCGCUCAGGCGUGACCCAGUGCGUCGCGCCGCUGGAUUCAUUGGAUUACUAUUCUUCUGUUAGCACGUGGGCGAACGACGCCAUGGUGAACUCCCUCCAUGUCUGUUCGGACGGCAACACGCUUCUCACAGGCGACAGUAAGGGGUUCGUCAAGACAUGGGAUAUUCGACGGAAUGGGUGCGUCGACGACAUGUCGCUCUUGAACGAUGAAGGCCAUCACGCCAUCAGCCAUGUCCAUGCUUCCCCUGCUGGCCGGCAAGGGGACGAGGAUGGUCGAUAUCUGGCUGUCAACAGCUACGACAACAUUCUGCGUGUCUACGAUCGAGGGUCCAAGCUCAUUAGCCGCGCCCAAGACCCAAUACAGCUGGCGUAUUAUGUAACGGGCCACAAGAACAAGAACUGGCCCAUCAAGAGCUCGUUCUUUCGCGGAGAAGGGUACAACUACAAGUUGUCACUGCCGUCCGCACGAUACCUCCAUCGCAAACUCACGGACGGCGAUGGCGACGACGGUAGCUACACAGAUCGCGAUGUGGCGUCGCAAGAAGUGAUGCUCCUCGCUACAGGCAGUUCGGACAACCGCAUCUACGUGCACGACGUGAGUUGCCGCCGGUCUGCGAAUUCUGUGAACGCAUCCCUACUUCAACGAAUCGAUGCACACACAGACCGCGUCUAUUGCGUCGACUUUCACCCGUCGGAGCCCAUCUUGGCAUCUUCUUCUUCUGACUUCUCCGUCAAGAUUUGGAUCCCUCGAUCGUCGCGACUUGCCAAACCGACUUAACAAUUCAUGUCGCCCUUGACUUUGUUGUUGGGAGCGACAACAAGACUUUUCACUAUUUUGGAGACAUGUAUGAUUAUUCUUCAAACGAACGCCAAACGAGCACUCGUGCAUUCCAAA